AUGACGUACGCUACGAGUAUCCCGACGAUGGCACCUGUGUUGACUCCUCCGGAGCUCUCGGCUGGCGUGACCACCACAAUCUCGUUCCAGCCAGCGUCAUCACUUGUAAAACUGCUAGACGGUUUACCAACGCUGUCUCGGUCGCUAGAAGCGAAGCUCCUGCUGCUACUAGAAGUAGAACGCGUACUGACUGACACGCUCGUACUCGCGUCACUCGCGUAA